CUUCCCGUGGGCGUUCUUGUGAAGAGUGCAUGGAACCAACGCAUUGGCCGGUCUGAUGACAUCUCCGUGCGACGAAUCCGUCGCGGCGGCGGCCGUGGCGGCGAUGAUUGCACCUCCUGCGCAAACAAGUGCAUCUCCUAAUGAGCCCGUGGACAUUACGUGUAUACUCGAGUUCACGUCGCCCAACAAGGAUGCGUUCGACGAGUACAUCCUGUCGUCGUUCAGUCGGCUUCACAUGCCCAUGGUCAAGUGCUCGCGGAAAUCUCGCGUGGAUCUCGUGGAUGGGCGUGCUGUCAAGGAGAUCUGCACACAAAAGUACCGCUGCGACCUUGGCGGUCGACCGACACCAAAGAGGGACGGGGUCAAGACACGACGCUCCAAAAGCAAACGUUUGGACUGUCCGUUCAGUUUCAACGCGACGAAGGUCAAAGCGACGCGAACGUGGGCGAUCACUGUCGAGUCCAAAGCGCGGAUCAUGGCUCAAUGGGACUCUGCGAAUCACGGCCAUUGCCACGUUCUGGACGACCACCAGUUGCGCGUGCGGCGCUUGGCCGUCGGCGCAUCGGAUAUUUACAAUUCUCAUCAGUCCGAUAUGUCAUCUCGCAAUGGGCAAUUGUUAUUCGACAGCGUCACAUCACGGCUACGGAACCACCCGAACCCAACGUCUUGCCACGCUCCGUGUGCAGAGCAAACGCCCCACGCACCACAUGCCCGAGUUAUGCCGGUCGAUGCCCUGAAACCCGUACCGCCAGAUGCGCAAGACUCGACUUCCCUCGGCAGUUUGAUGGCGCAAUCGUCGUCCAUUCUCACAGCGCUCAUGCAGGCAGAGUCCCUCGAAGCGUCGGCAAAGAGCGAGGCCGUCCUCCGGUCGGUUCACGAUCACGCCAAUACACUGCGCCUGGCCCUCGAGCAGCUCACGGCCAAAAUCAAAGCACAUCACACGGGCAAGCAAGCCUCAGCAAUAUAAUGGACAACGCCAUAACUCUGGUCCUCCGUGGGCAGCAGAUCAUGCGUCGCAUGGAUACGAAUGUUAUGCCUUGAGCUGAUCUGCAAAGUCCAACAUCGGAUCGUCGGGUGGGAGCUGCGAGAACGCAGCCAGGAGGACUGUGCGAUGUUGUCGACAUUGCGCCAACACGCGCUUGUCGGCUGAAGCCAAGUCUCGGAAUAGCUGCAAUGCACUGCUGCGUAAUGGCGGGCCACACGAAGCCAGCGCCGGCACGAAGGCGCUGACCAGUUGGCAAUCGGCAGCCUUGGAGGCUGGCAGGUUGCUGUUGGCAAAGAGGGAGAUGAGAACUGGGAUAGCUUCCGCGACCAAUGGCGGCGUUUUCGCGUAUCGAAGUAAGACGGCGCAGAAGCAAGGCACAACGAUGCGGUGGUGAGCCUCAUCGUUGAAACACUUGGGAUGCAGAGCGAUGCAGGCGGCGACGACUUCGACGACCGAGCGCAUAAUGUCCUGGUGGCCAAGCAUUCCGUCGCGCAGCACUUGGACCAACGCCACGAACCCGGCUUUCGUGACAACGUGCACGAGCUGUUUAGACGUCAGCAGCUGCUUGAGAUGGCGCAGCAAGGUCGGGAUGAUGGCGACGUUGGACAUAGAGGCGGUGGUCAUUUGGCAGAGCAAUUGAAGCCAGGAUGAAGUGAACGCGGCUGGCAUCGAAGCUACCUCACACACAAAAUGGAGUGACGAGGGGCAAAUGU